AUGGCGGGGCCCUUCUACAACCAGCGUUCGUCCAACUCUUCGAGGUCGUCGCUGCGGACCAUGCAAACCAUGUCCAUCAUCACCCAGUACAGCGACGCCUACAACCCCGGAGCCCUGCCCAAAGGUCCCCUCCGCGUACCGCAGAAGCAUCCCCGGCGGAGCGCGGGGCCCGGCUAUGGUCCUUCUCCCUAUGUCAACCCCGAGCCCACCGCCGAGGUCGACGUCUUGCCCAGCAAAGAGGUCGAGGUUUUGCCGACCAAAGAGGGCGGGUCUGACGGGACUGAGGCGCCGCCGGCUCCCCGGGUCGAGGAAAGCACCAGCGAGGACGAGGAGAGGGGGUGGUUUGCACAUAGGAAACGAUCAUCUCGCUUCCUCAUCAUCGUCGGCGUCGCCGCCGUCGUCAUUGUGGGAUUGGCCGUCGGGCUCUCCGUCGGUUUACGAAGGAGCGGCACCACGGCGAGCCCAUCGGAUGGUCCCAGGUCGAUAUUUCCAGCCGGCUCUUACGCUGUCAAGACGAGCCUUCACAAGACGUCGACGAAAUGCACAUCUCGGUCCUCCACCUGGAACUGCGAGCCCUUUGACGAUGACGACUCGACAACCUUGUACUGGGACAUUGCAUCCCACGGCCCCUCAGCUUUUACCAUCUCGUCCAAGCAGAACCCCCUGACUCCGCCCUUCUCCGACGUCAGCCUCGAGCUCGUCGACGGCAACCGGCCCACGGAGCGGCUCGUCUUUUCCCUGCCCACGACUAAAGUUGUUGUGCCUUCGGACGGUGCCACGCCGGCCAACCGCGCCGCCAAGUGCCAGUAUCGAGGCGUGGUCUUGCAGGGGACGCUCUACACCCGGCGGCGAGACGGUCGCGCUAUCUCGGCACCCGGGCAGCAAGAACAGCACGCCGCCUGGCCCGGGGACAUUGAGAUUUCCCAGGUCCUGAACUCGACCAUUGGUCAGCCGACGUGCUUGGACGAUUCCGGUACCCAGAUCGCCGACGUGCAGGCUGCCCAGGGGAGCUGCGAGUGCUCCUACUCCAACGAGGACUAG